AUGAGUUGGCAAAAUGAUAUUUCCACAAUGAUGUGCGAUGUGAUGCCGACGAUUAGUGAAGACUCGGUGGAAAUGCCACACAACUCCGAUGAACAUCACAAUGCAAACAUUGAAGAGUUGAUGGUGAACAUGUUACAAGAUCGGGACAAACUACAAGAACAACUUGAGCAGUACAAAGGACAGAUCGACGAGAUGCAGGCUCGAACACGAGAGGUUGAAAGAGAACGAGACUCGUUGAGGCGACAAUUCGAGGUUCACACCCAACACUUGCCAUCGGAACUCCAACAAAUGACUCGAGAACUUGUGCAAACGAGAGAGCAACUGCUCGAAAAAGACGAGGAAAUCGUCGAGUUGAAAGCCGAGCGAAAUAACACGAGACUUUUGCUAGAACACCUUGAGUGCCUCGUUUCAAGACAUGAACGAUCCCUUCGGCAAACGGUCACCAAAAGGCACACCCAAUCGCCGGCCGGUGUCUCUUCGGAGGUUGAAGUGUUGAAAGCGCUGAAAAGUCUAUUUGAACACCACAAAGCGCUCGAUGAAAAGGUUCGAGACCGUUUAAAAGUUGCGAUGGAACGAGUGGCCUGUUUGGAAGAGGAGUUGAGCGCGAAAAGCGAUGAGAACACGACGUUGCGAUCGCAUUUUGCGAGAACACAAGCCGAAUUGGCUGAAGCACAGUCACAAGCCCGUGCGCAGGGAAUCAAAGCCAGUGAGGCGAUGAAUGGGGAGACAGCGGCGAGAAUCGUUGAACUCACGGAGACAUUGGAAAAGCUGAAGAUGGAGUUGGCGAAUGCUUUGAAACAAGUGAAUGAAUUGAAUUCAAGAAAUUCCGCGCUUGAAGCCCAACUCUCGAAUUCCCAAAAGGAUAUUCACACAUCAUCUGAAAUGAGCUCAAGAUUGUCGAAUCAACUUCAAGAGUUGGAAGCUCAACGAAACGAGCAAGAGGCUCGAAUACAAACGCUUGAACAAAGAUAUCUCUCUGCUCAACGAGAGGCCACUUGCAUACGAGAUCUCAAUGACAAGUUGGAGCAUCAAUUGGCCAACAAAGAUGCUGCUGUGCGGCUAAAUGAGGAAAAAGUGCAUUCUUUACAAGAAAGACUCGAGCUCGCCGAGAAGCAAUUGGCUCAAUCACUUCAAAAAGCUGAAAGCUUGCCGUCAGUUGAAGCCGAAUUGCAACAAAGGAUGCAAGCUUUGACUGCAGCUGAAAAGAAGCAACUCUCUGCUGAAGAAAGAGUUUCUCAUUUGGAGCGUCAAAUCGACGAGAAGAACGCUGAAUUGGAGAGAGCUGUGCAAAGAGAGAGAAUGAAUGAAGAACACAAUCAACGAUUGUCAUCCACUGUUGAUAAGCUUCUCUCUGAAUCAAAUGAUCGCCUGCAACUUCAUUUGAAAGAACGAAUGCAAGCGCUGGAUGAGAAGAAUCGUUUAACACAAGAGUUAGAGCACACCAAGAAGCUAUUCGAUCAGGCCGAGAGAACGAAAGAGCGAAUGAAUCGAGAUUGUGAGGCGUUACGACAAGAGAUCGAUGAACUACGGACUCAAUUGUACAACGCCCGAACAGCUCAAUUCCACUCCCGGAUGCACUCAAUUGGAAACAUUCAGCCGGGGCCGGUCCUUCCACCACCGGUCGUGAAUGGAGUCAAUAAUCAAUCACCCGUUCAACAGCAACAAUACCAGGCUUAUCAACAACCACCCCAACCACCACCCUAUGCAAAUAUUGUGCCAAGGAGGCAGCAGAAGGGAAGGACGACUGCUUUACAGGAUGAUCCAAACAAAAUCCAAACGCUGAAUGAGCAAGAAUGGGAUCGGCUACAGCAAGCGCACGUGUUGGCCAACGUUCAACAAGCUUUCUCCUCAUCUCCAUCGUUGGUCGAGCUCGGUCAUCGCUCGGGUUUGCCCACUCCAAUGGGAGGACCGCCCGUGGAUUUCAUUCAAACUCAUCCGGGUGGGCCUACUGAAUCCCAUGUUCUUGCUUCGAUGCUUCAAGAGCGGCUUGAUGCUAUCAACUCCGAGAUUCGAAUGAUCCAACAAGAGAAAAACGAGGCUGAGCGAGCCGAGAUGCAACUUGAGGCAAGAGGCGGAUACUAUUACGACGAGCAAAUGGGCAGGAACAGUCCUCGCGGGAGUCCACAACACCAUGAUCUCAUUCAUAAGUACAAUACGUUACCCGCUAAUGCUUCAACAUCUGCAAUGAGAGAUGAGAUGGAUUAUUAUCGACAUCAACCGAUGGAUGACUCGAUGCUAGAUGAUGGAAGAUACGGAAUGAGGAGGAGAGACGAGAUGAGAUUGCACGGAAUCCCACCAAAUCAUAUGCAGGGCAAAACCCAAAGUACAACAUAUGGUAGAGAAACGGGUGCUUUCUCUGACUCGGAGGUGUCAUCAGCUGAGCUGGCCGGGAGAUCGAAUGGAGAUUUGGAUCGACGGAAUAAAAAGAAGCAUGAAUUGUUGGAAGAGGCAAUGAAAGCCAGAACGCCAUUCGCUUUGUGGAACGGUCCAACGGUUGUCGCCUGGCUCGAGUUAUGGGUGGCAAUGCCACCAUGGUACGUUGCUGCUUGUCGAGCCAACGUGAAAUCUGGCGCGAUCAUGAGCGCUUUAUCCGAUCAAGAAAUUCAACGAGAGAUCGGCAUCUCCAAUCCAUUACAUCGAUUGAAAUUGAGAUUGGCGAUCCAGGAAAUGGUCUCAUUGACUUCUCCGUCAGCUCCAAGAUCCGCUCGAACAUCGCUGGCAUUCGGUGAUAUGAAUCAUGAAUGGGUUGGAAACGAUUGGCUACCGAGUUUGGGAUUAGCUCAUUAUAGAUCAGCCUUCAUGGAGUGUUUACUGGACGCUCGAAUGUUAGAACAUCUCACAAAAAGAGAUUUGAGAACUCAUCUCAAAAUGCAUGAUUCUUUUCACAAGGCUUCUCUCCAAUACGGGAUUAUGUGCUUGAAAAAGCUCAACUAUGAUAAGAAGACAUUGAUGGAGAGGAGAAGGGCGACGGAGAAUGUUAAUAGAGAUCUACUUGUCUGGUCAAAUGAUCGAGUCGCGCGAUGGGUCGAGGAAAUCGGCCUUGGUGCAUACGCUGGAAAUCUCAAGGAUUCCGGUGUUCACGGCGCUCUAAUCUCGCUGGAUGACACAUUUGAUGCUCAAGCUCUCGCGUUAUCUCUACAAAUGCCUCCACAAGAUCAUGCAGCUCGUCAACUUCUCGAUCGUCAUUUCAAUCAACUCGUUGCCGAUUAUCGACAACAAGGAAUGCCCGCCCAUGCGAGAACGCCGAUCAAAUCCGUUUCGGUGAUGGGCGGGAGAAGAUCGGGUAGUCCUGCUCCAAAAGAUGUACCCCUUUCACCAAGGACACCGACAAAGAAAACAAAGAAA